AUUAGGACGGGGAGGGUAGGCACGCAGGUGCACUUAUGCAUGCCUCUUAGAGACCUCUUAGGAAUGGGGUGAGGUCAACAGUAGACAGUUUAAGCUUAAAGUUUUGGGGGUUUGGGGAAGUAACCACAGUCUGGGAGUGCAUUCCAGGCAUUGACCACUCUGUUGCUGAAGUCAUAUUUUCUGCAGUCGAACUUGGAGCGGUUUACCUUGAGUUUGUAUCUAUUAUUUGCUUGCAUAUUGUUGUGGUUGAAGCUGAAGUAGUCAUUGACAGGUAGGACAUUGUGGUAGAUAAUUUUAUGUACUAUGCUCAGACUGAAGUCGGCGUAGUUCUAAGUUGUCUAAGCCCAAAAUUUGGAGUCUGGUGGCAUAAAGUAUUUUAUUGCAAGCAGAGGAGUGGAGGACUCUUCUUGUGAAAUCUCUCUGGACUCUCUGUAUUGGACUACAGUUCCCCUGAUUGCGCUUUCAGGGUUAGCUGGGCUUGGUUAGCUGGGCUUAUGUGAGUCUCUGAAGGGAAGCCAAGUUGGGGCAAGCCGCCGUAAGGUGGCCUGGAGUAGAAACCGCUUGAUCAAGGCGGAACUAGAGAGAGGAGUAGUAAUCUGCUGAGAUGGAACAAAGGCAAUGCAGAAAGUACAAAUGAGAAAGGCAAUAUUAUCAGCACUCAUUUCGAAAGCAAUAAUAGAUCAUAAUCUCGCAGUAGUGAGUUGAGUCCAAAAGUGUAUAUUUUUGAAUCCAAGUUCAGAUUGUCCCCAAACUCCUUCCUACAAUGGAAGUUAAGUUUAGAAUUCCAUGAAAUGGAAAGGCAGAGAAUAAAAAUCUAGUAGAGAGGAUCGAGAAUGAGAAGUAGUUAUAGUUUUGAGUGACUGUCAUAUGAGUUCCAAUCAGCGAUAAAGAGGAACAGUGAGCAGUAAACUUAGAUAUUUGCAGUCUGACGGGCAGGAUUUCACAGAGGAAAUGAGAGGUGGUGUUCUGCAUUAUUGGCUGAUGAAUGGGGCUGAACUCAUCUUGAGGCCUUAGCAGUGAGUGAGAUCAUGGAGGAAAACGGAGAAGAUGUGGCUUCCCUGGCGGCCUACAUUUCAACAGAUGGCAGCUACACAGAGACCGUGCCCAUGCCGAAUCACGGCACACUGACGGCUUCCUCGCAGGGCUCUUCCUCUGCCACUAAAUCAAGGCGCCAGCCUGUUUGGACUGACGAGGAGACCCGGGCCUUCAUCCAGGUGUGGGGUGAUGACGCGGUGCAGAGUGCCCUGGCAUCAAACUAUCGCACAGUUGCACAGUUCCAGUGGAUAGCGGAUGAAAUGCGAGCCCGGGGUUACAACAGGGAUUGGGAGCAAUGCCGCGAACGUGCAAAGGUCCUUCGACGGGGCUUCAAAGAGAUAGUGGAUGGGAACAGCAACGCUGGCCACGGACGCCGCGUGUGGCCUUAUUUCGAAGAACUUAAUCGAUUUCUUUGCAUCAAGCAAAAUCUGGUCGUUCCACGGCUUUCAGGGAGCAACCCGAGGCCUCCUGUGGACCGCCGGCGUCGUGAGCACAGAGAAGCGCAAGAUGCCCCCUAUGAGCCAUCCCCAGUAGGCAAGAGCGACAAAGGGACUUUUGAAGAGCCAGACGGGGACUGUCUGUUGUUGCCCGAACCGGGAUCUCAGCAGAGCGAAGCCAACAUGGAAAACCAAGCGGCGUCUCCAGCAGCAAAUUCUGAUAUUUCCAUGGAUGGUAGCAUUGGUCCUGGCACUCCCACCGAUCCUUUGCCAUCCAAUGACUCAGUUACUGCGCCAAAUCUGCGCCCUCGGCCCCUGACUGCUGCAGAGAGGAUGCGUAAUCUUCGUUGCCGGCAAAGAAAGAGAAGGGGGGAUACUUUGAAAGAGCUGAUGGAAGUCACUUCCCAGGCUACCAGUGAACUAGUCCGGACAUUGUCCGACCUCACACAUAAAGAGGUGGCUUCUUUUGAGCGAGCUUACAAGGAGGAUCUCGCGGCCCGGAAGGACGAGAUGGAGCAGAGCGCUGAGGACAUUGGAAGGCUUGUAAGCGCUUUGGAAUCAAGCGAUCAAACUCUAAAGGAGCAACUAAGCAGCCAGACUAGUGUACUGCAGGGCAUCUUGGAGGUUAUGAAAGACAUUCGGGGUAGAACAUCGUACAGUCCUCCGUAUCCAUCACAGUAUUACGAUUUCCCAGGCCCUAGCAUGAUUCACACAAGUGGUACUUCCACAAAUGGGCAAGAGAUGCCAUGCUCCUCCCCUUCCAGCCUUCCCUUUCCUUCCCAGCAGUCUGCCACCAGCAAUGGAGAUGUCUCUCCCAGGAAGCGGAUGAAAUGAAGCCAUCAGGCACAACGGCAUUGCUGAUUUAGCGUCCUGGUGGAAACCAAUUCUCCAGUUCUUUGUUCCUAUUAGGACACAUAUAUUGCUUUCCUUACUGCCUUUUUUCUUGCAUAGUUAGAACAUGUUCUCAUCCCCUUAACGUGUGUCUCCCCACAGCGCUAACGUUGUGGAAACAGCCGCCAGCAAAUGUACAUCUAGAUUUAUUAUUACUUUUUUUUAGCGUACCUAUGUUAGUUUUCCUUCCAUCUUGUUUCCAAAGGAAUGCAGUGUUUGAUGUACAAGUAUAAUUUUUUUUUAAAAAAAUACACACUUAAAACACAUUACCAGGUACCUGUAAGAAGGUAAUAUUUGAAAAGUAAUAAAAACUGCACUGUUGUUCCAAGUUGUUCAACAUGUGUUUGAUGGGAGAGUUUUCAGGCUUUUUAGGGUUGCUAGGCUGGGUCAAAUUGGUGUGGUCUUGAUUCAGCUUUCUAUCUUUGAAAAAUGGCUGCCCAAUUUCCACAGAAAGCUUCAUAUGACAAGGAUGGCAAACCUUUUGGGCUCGAUGUGUCAAAAAUUGAAUAAAAUGCCUAAAUUCUGCUGGUGGUUCACGCACAUACACAUGGACAAAAGAAAAAUAAUUAUUUACAUAACCCUUUUUUUUUAAGUGCAGUCCAACCAUAUAUUAUAUACAGGUAGUCUUUGACUUAACAACCAUUCGUUUAGUGACCUGUUGAAGUUAUGACACUGAAAACCGCGACACCAAUCUGCACACUUAAAAGUGUUGCAGGAUCCCUAAGGACACAUGAUCGAAAUUAGGGUGCUUGGUCACUAUCAUGUAUUUUAUAGCAGUAGCACUGAUAUACUGACCCACAGUGUUUCGCAGGAUUCUUUGGGCAGUAUACAAUGUCUGCAUAUUUCCCCCAAUAAUCUGGGCCCUCAUUUUACUGACUUCAGAAGGCUGAGUCAACCUCGAGCCCAUCAGCAUCAAACUCCAGGCUGUGGACAGAGUUAGUCUGCAAUACUGCAUUCUAAUCACUGCAUCACCAGGGCUCCUUUAUGACAAUUGUAACAUCCCAGGAUCAUUUGAUUAUCGUUUGCAAUCUUACCAACUGUCUUCUGACAAAGUCAAUGGGCGAAGCUCGAUUCACUUAAAGUCCUCAUGAUUAACUUAACAACUGGUGAUUUGCUUAACAACCACUGCAAAAAAAGUGGCAAGAUUGGGUGGGACACAUUUAACCCCCACCUUAUCAACAAAUUCUGGUCUUAAUAUGGUCAUGAGUUGAGAACUAAUCAUAUGAUAACAAGGAACAACAAAUAAUUACAAAAAUAAAAUCCAUGUAAAAUAAUGAAAAAACUUAAAAAAGAGAAAAUUAUACAUGCCCUGAUAAUUGGGCUUAGAAUAGUGCACUAAAAAUUACUUUUAUUAGUAAUUUUGAUUGGAAAUGAAAAAAAUACCAGAUACACAUUUAAUUUGAUUAACAUCAGUGAAUGAAUUUUGUUGCUGAGUUCUAAAGGUAGUCUGAAAUUGAAGGUAGAUAUUUUGUGCAGUGCAAAUGCAAGCAAGCAGCACUAACUUCCUAUCAUUCAGUUUCUUUAGUCUGUUUUGAUGUUUAAUGCCAAGAUUAAUGCCCCGCCAAGGUAUGUAAAGGAAAAAUUGUGAGUUACAGUAAAGUCAUUGCUAGAUUUUUAAAAGCACUGAAAGUUUCUGGCAUUCAAUUCCAAGCCUUCAAAAUGCUUUGUUCGUAGUGUCAAUCUUUAUUCCUGAAGAUGUUUUUUCCCCUCUAGAUACUCAAGAUCUCAAGUUGACAUACACCUGAGUCCAGAUGCUAAUCUGGAAUUCUGCUUACUGGGGCUCUGAUCGUUCAAUUUGUAGCCAUUGAAAAUCAUUUCAUUCUAUCAUACUAUAGAUUACUCCAUCCUGAAAAUUUAAUUAUUUCAAUUGUCUGUUCUAAAGUUCGGAAUUGAUUAAAUCUUCUACCCAGUC